AUGACUGGUGACAAGUUUUGGAACGAAAAGUUCGCUCUAGGUUACGUAAACAACAAAUCUUGCCGCAGCUACAAAAUUUUGACGUGGUACGAAUCCGAUGCCGACAAAGUUGGUGGGAAUAAAAUUUACGAGUUUAGCUCUGAUUCUUGGAGAGUUCUUGAUCACGUCUCUCUCGACUACAACAUAGAGAAAAAUGACGUGUCUUUGAAUGGAAAUGCUUACUGGAUUGCUUAUGAGGAAAUACACACCUCUAAUGAAGAGUUGUUACUAAGUUUUGAUUUUACAAGAGAGAGAUUUAGACGUCUGUGUCUUCCGACGUUUCAGAAUCAUGUUUGGAUGGCUCUAUCUUCUGUUAGAGAAGAACAACUCUCAGUGUUACAUCGGAGCUUUGGUGCAUCAAAGAUCGAGAUAUGGGUGACAAAUAAAAUUGAUACUGAAGCCGCGUUGUGGAGCAUAUCUUUUACAGUGGACAUAACUAUUCACAUUAAUUCUUUUCAGUUUCCAACUAGUUUUCUUAUCGACGAGGAGAAGAAAGUGGCUGUGUGCUUUAAUCUACAUACAACCCUGCCGCUUAAAUUCACUAUUGAAAAGUAUUACACAGAAGCCCCUUUUGUAGAAACUAGUCAAGUAUCAUGGACAUGGCGCCCAUUUAUUUUCAACUAUGUUCCAAGUUUGACUCAAAUCCAGCAAGAAGAGGCAAACGAAAAGAAAGAAACUUGUCGAUAG